GUCGCGGCUUCCACAUAAAAACUAAAAAGAAAACCCGCGGGGUUGUGUUCAUACUCGGCGCCUUCCAAUCGUGGCUUCUCUUAUAAAAUCCACCUUUAUAAACAGAUAGAUCGGGAGAAAGAGUGAGGAAAGAACCCAUUUUCACUGCGAUAUACAAGCAAUGUCACCUGUAGGAUAUCAGGAUACUAAACCAAGUUCAGACAUCUUUUUCUGAAAUAGAAAAUGAAUAUUGCAUUGGGGUUCAUCAAUAUAACUUGAUGUUGAUUUAUGGAGUUGAUCUAUCACUAAAGUGAAAAAGGCAUGCAAGGCCAGUUCCUGGCCUGAAGAACGAAAACAAAAAGCUGCACAUGUGCGGUCACUUCCCCACCGAAUCAUACGCAGAAGGCAUGAGGCCCCUGGGAACUGGAGUUCCUAACCAUCUCCUUCAGAUUAAAAUCCAUAUAAUACUGAUAUUGGAACAUAUAAUAUUGAAGGUAUGAUGUGAAUAUGCGGUGCUUGGCAGCUCGAGUUAACUACAAGACUCUUAUUAUCAUCUGUGCUCUCUUUACAUUGGUCACUGUACUUUUGUGGAACAAGUGCUCCAGUGAUAAGGCAAUCCAAUUUCCAAGAGACCUGGGCCAUUUGGAGGACCUGUUCAGAGAAGGAGGUUUGGAAAAGCAGGGAGUUGACUCUGAAGGUAACAAUGUUGUAAAUAGCCUUUUACAAGUGGGAAAGUCCCUACCAAAACAACCGUCAGCAGAUGCAUCCCAUCAGGAACAGCAGAAAGCUCCGCCUGUAGCCAAUCUUCUAAAUAACAAUGCCAACAAACUGUUGGGUCUUAAAUAUGAGGAGAUGGAUUGCUUAAUAAAUGAUGACUAUACUAUAAAAGGACGGAAGGAAGGCAAUGAAGUUUAUCUGCCUUUCACCUGGAUUGAAAAAUAUUUUGAUGUUUAUGGAAAGGUUGCCCAGUAUGACGGCUAUGACAGAUUUGAGUUUUCCCACAGUUAUUCAAAAGUAUAUACCCCGCGGGGCACUUACCGGCCAGAUGGGGUAUUCAUGUCCUUUGAAGGCUACAAUGUGGAAGUUCGAGACCGUGUGAAGUGCAUCAGCGGCAUUGAAGGUGUUCCUUUGUCCACUCAGUGGGGACCUCAGGGUUAUUUUUACCCUAUUCAGAUAGCACAGUAUGGGCUAAGUCACUACAGUAAAAACCUCACUGAAAAACCACCACAUGCUGAAGUGUAUGAGAUCGCAGAGAAGAGAGACAAAGGCACAAGGCAAAAUGACUGGAUUGUACCAAAGGGUUGUGCAGUCUCUACAGUCUUUGACAAAACUAGAUCCAGCAACGUAAAGCAGUUCACCACCCCAGAAUCUUCGGAUGGUGUUUAUCUGAUGUUAGGAAAUGGAAAAGAUUUCAUCAUUUCAUUUGAUCUUAAAUUCUUAACAAAUGGGAGUAUUUCAGUGGUACUGGAGACAACUGAAAAGAACCAGCUGUUUACAAUUCACUAUGUCACAAACACACAACUUAUAGCCUUCAAAGACAAAGACAUUUACUAUGGCAUAGGCUCCCGGACUAGCUGGAAUACUAUUACUCGAGAUCUGGUAACUGACCUGAAGAAAGGAGUUGGCUUAUCCAACACUAAGGCUGUAAAGCAGACUAAAAUAAUGCCCAAGAAAGUCAUAAAGCUGGUUGCCAAGGGAAAAGGCUUCAUUGACAACAUCACAAUAGCAACCACGGCACACAUGCCUGCCUUCUUUGCUGCCAGCGAUUGGUUGGUAAGAAAUCAGGAUGAAAAGGGUGGCUGGCCAAUUAUGGUAACACGUAAGCUAGGUGAAGGCUUUAAAUCUUUGGAGCCUGGCUGGUAUUCAGCUAUGGCACAAGGUCAAGCCAUGUCUACACUUGUAAGGGCCUAUUUGCUCACAAAGGAACAGGCGUACCUCAAUUCAGCCUUGCGGGCAGUAGUGCCCUAUACUCUCAAGUCAGAAGAUCAUGGUGUAAAAGCUGUGUUUAUGAAUAAAUAUGAUUGGUAUGAAGAAUACCCAACUGUCCCCAGCUCUUUCGUUCUGAAUGGUUUCAUAUACUCGCUACUGGGUCUAUAUGACCUCAAAGAAACUGCAGGGGAGAAACUAGGACAAGAAGCUAAAAAACUGUAUGAACGAGGCAUGGAGUCUUUGAAAGCCAUGCUUCCAUUGUAUGACACUGGCUCAGGUACAAUCUAUGAUCUCCGCCAUUUCAUGCUUGGUACAGCUCCAAACUUGGCACGUUGGGACUAUCACACCACCCAUAUAAACCAGCUACAACUGCUGAGCACAGUUGAUGAUGCUCCUAUCUUUAAAGAAUUUUUAAAGAGGUGGAAGUCCUAUUUAAAAGGAGGGAGGGCAAAGCACAAUUAGAGCUGAAAGCCAAAUUAUAAUCUUAUGAAUCAUACAUAUAAUAUAUAAGGGAAGUUUCCUUAACUUAAACAUUUUUAUAAGUGUGCAAAUAGUACCUUUUGUAUCCCUGCCAUCUUCCUAAUGGCACACUUUAAGAGUGUAACAAUCAGUAACUCUGUAUGAUUAAAAAAAAAUCAAUUGGUUAGAAGAAUUAGCCCUGACUAAACAUCCUUUUGUUUGUCUUUGCCUUUCUGUAAGUGAAAUACUAAUUAGUUGGAAGUGAUUUAAGCUUUCAGUUCUGCAUUCUCAAUCAUCUUAACACUUUCAAACCCUUUCUAGCACAUCACCCCUGUCAUCAGCACUCACUGCUUUAAGAUAUAUGCUUUUAUUUCUGCCUUUGUGGUUUUUAUAAUUGUUAUUCUUCAGCAUUGAUUUUGUUUUUGCAACCAUUGUAUUAUGUCAUCAAAUCAUUUACCCUUUCAGCAGCGAAUGAAAUACUGUUUCUUCUCUUUUUUAAGAGAAAGCAUCCAUUUAAGUAUCUCUAGUAUGGCAAGAGUCUCAACACUGCUUUUCUGUUCAGAGACUUCAUAUCCUUAUCUAUGUUCCUAGCCCCAACGCCAAACUAAUGUAUUAAUUUCCAUGCUUAAUGAAAUGUUGAAAAUUGUGAUUGACCCCUAAGGUGGUUUGUUGGCAUGUUUUUAUUUUAUUUUCUGUUUAGAGGUGAGGCUGCUCUUAUAAACUACAUUGAGUAGCAUGAACUUUUGUAAAAAUGUAUCCUUUUAAAUGUUCAUCUGUAACUGGCACAGAAUAUUUUUCCAUUGUAUAUUGUAUAUUUAAAAAAAAAGGUCCUUCUAAGCUUAUUGCUCAUUUAGCUUUUGAUGCACAUGGCAAAGCACAACACAAAGUUAAAAUGUAACUGCACAAGUAUAGUAUAUAUGUAUAGUGGAUCUUGUAUUACAGUGCAAGGGGUGAAUUUGGUUUCCAAUGGAAUCAAUAAGUUCCAAAUGGUAGUUGAUGUCAUUUCCAUUUUUGCCUCCGCCACUUUCUAAACCCACUCCCUUCAUUCUUGCAGAACUCUUGUCUCCAUUUGAUUUGUGUCACAGGAUUAAACUUUUAUUUGAGGGCACGUUGUAAUACAGUAUUUACUUUGUGAUUAUGUUCAUACAAUUAGACUAUUUUAUUUUAAAAAUAAGUAUUAUUUGAUCGCAAUGAAGUUGUUUGUGUGAUUUGGGCAUUGCUUCCCUCCCCCUUCAUGAUAACCAGUGUGAUAAAAGAAUCUUGUCAUGGAAAUGUCGAUAUAAGGAGCCAACUCUGUGGAACAUGAUCCACUUUAAACAUUCACAGCCUGGAUUAAAAACAGAAAAUUCAAGAAGUGCACAACAAGUGGGUCAGCAACCAUCAAGAGGAAAAGCAGGUUACUGAUAUGACAUUCCAGGUGCGGCCCUUUGGUUUUGGUGAACAAUACCUAAAGUAGCAAUCGACCGAACUUUGCAGAUGCUGACUGACCUGUUUAUAUAAUCAUAUUUGUAUUUCAGAUUUGCCUAUCUUUUCUCUUUAUUUCAAAGCUUGGACUUAACUAUUAAUCAGCGAAUAGCAUUGGGGGGAGUUGUGGAUGUUGAAGCUAUAUUGUUUUGUAAGGUAGUGUGCAUUUAACAAGAAAAUAUCACCAGCCCAGAAAUGGAUUUGAAUGCCAAAAUCAUUUGGAUACAGUGAAAGUAAACUGAAUAUUUUCAUAACUGCCAGAGCAUCUCCCAAGUUCAAAACAUGCUUUUUUCCUAGUCUUUAUCAUCUGUUAUAGUCUUUUACAGAUAGACCCAAAACAAUUACUGAGUGGGAGAAACAUGUUGUAUCAAAUAUACUUAGAAUCAGGAAACAGCCUCACUUAGGUUUUGUCAUCAUUUUGCUGUUCUGUAGCAUAGGAAACAGAGAUCUAAAUGAUGGUGAAGGAAACUUUGCCCAGUUUCCUUGUUUUAAACCUGAUUUUCACCGAGUUUUUGUACAUGGAACCAGACCAAUGUUUGGAUGCCAUGACCAUUGAUGCAUGGAAUGAGGGGUUUACUUUGCUGUUGAUUUGGCCAUUUGGUUUAAUUAUUGAUGUGAUUGUUUGGAAGCCACACCUUCCAGCACUCCUAAUAUUCCACCAAGUUCUAUUUAUAGCCAGAAAUGGCGCAGGCUUUAUAAGAUCUGAUUUUUUUACUAUUCCUGAAUAAUUAUAGUUAAUUCAAAUCAGUGAACCAACACGGAACAAAAUUCUUAAUGAUCGAGUUAAAAGAAACUAGACAAUCUUCCCUCCCUCUUUAUUGAGCUAUUCCUGCCUCCUUACAGAAGAAAGAAAAUUGCUGGAAAAAUGCAGUGGUUGAUACAGGUAUUAAUAAGGUCAGUCUGCAAUAUUUAUAAGUAUAUUGCUGAAAUCAGAUUAUUACUUAAAACGUAAAGCAUGCAGAUCAAGUUGCAGGCUAUGUUGGAUGAGAUGUCCAAUAGUGUACUUUGUUUUUCUCUGCAAUACUGAUAUCUAUUUGAUCUAACUAAAUAGUAUAUAUUUGAGAGGCAUUCACUAUGGCAGUUAGAUGGGAUAGAACUAUUUGGCAUUUGCUAUUUUAUUAUUCCAAGCCUUUCCAUUGCUAUUCCUUGUCAUGUUCUCUGCAUGCCAAACCACAUUUUCUUUUUAUUCCAUCACCCAAUGGUUCAUUUCCCUAUUUGUAAAGAUGGUGUUGUAUUAAAAAUGUAUUGUUCUGUGUUUCUUUUCCUCUUCAUGUUGGGGAAUUCUGUUCAUAGCUCUAAAUCAUCUUUUCUUCUGAGCUUAAGUGUUGUCAAUACCAAAGCAUUAUAUAAAAAAAACAUCCAAACUGCUCUGCACCUGAGAUGGUCUUGUUGAUAACUGUUAAUAUUACAAAUCAUUCUCGUCUUUGGAUGUAUUAGAAUGCAAGAUGCAGGUGGGUAAAUGCAAACAGAUGACACACAAGCACAAUAGUAGACUUUGUGCUGAUGUACCUUGUCCGGACAAUGUGCAAGACUUUCACUGAAAGCUGCUAUUUUCAUUCACACUGUAUUUUUUAUCAUUUUAACUUGUAUUUUUACACGUGGAUUUGAACCAUAUGUUGGAUAUGCAAUAAACUGUUUACUGAACACUGUUGCCUUUUGAUGGGGUGAAGCAGUGUUAUAGAGCUGUACCGAUUUGCAUUUGUUAAGCACAAUGUGCACACGGUUGUACAGCUUUGCCAUUUUGUACACGGCAAGAAUUCAUAAUUUUUUCAAAUAAAGUGACUAUAUACAACUAUGUUUAUAUAAUAAUAUUGAUUGGAUCAAUCUUUGCUGUGCUGAGUAUCUUUGCUUACUGAAGUUGUACAAUAAAACAUUUUCUUAAAAA